CUGUCAGCUACUAUGUCUGGGCCCAACAGCUCCAGCCUGAGCCCAGGGUUCUUUCUCUUGAAUGGCGUCCCCGGGCUGGAAGCUUCACACAUCUGGAUCUCCCUGCCAUUCUGCUUCAUGUACAUCAUCGCUGUAGUGGGGAAUUGUGGCCUCAUGUAUCUCAUCAGCCAUGAGGAGGCUCUGCACCGACCCAUGUACUAUUUCCUGGCCCUGCUCUCCUUCACUGAUGUCACCUUGUGCACCACCACUGUGCCCAAUAUGCUGUGCAUAUUCUGGUUCAACCUCAAAAAGAUUGACUUCAAUGCCUGCCUGGUGCAGAUGUUUGUUGUACACACACUGACUGCGAUGGAGUCUGGAGUGCUGAUGCUCAUGGCACUAGACCGCUACGUGGCCAUUUGCUACCCUCUAAGAUAUUCCACCAUCCUCACCAACCCUGUCAUCGCCAAGGCUGGCCUUGCCACCUUCCUGAGGAGUGUGAUGCUCAUCCUGCCAUUCACCUUCCUCACCAAGCGCCUGCCCUACUGCCUGGGAAAUGUCAUUCCUCACACCUACUGUGACCACAUGUCUGUGGCCAAGAUGUCCUGUGGCAAUUUCAAGGUCAAUGCUAUUUAUGGCUUGAUGGUUGCUCUCCUGAUUGGUGUGUUUGACAUCUGUUGUAUCUCCGUCUCUUACACGAUGAUCUUGCGGGCUGUCGUGAGUCUGUCAUCAGCAGAUGCUCGUCACAAGGCCUUCAGCACCUGCUCGUCUCAUGUCUGUGCCAUCGUGAUCACCUACGUUCCAGCCUUUUUCACUUUUUUCACUCACCGUUUUGGUGGACAUAUUAUCCCCCACCACAUCCACAUUAUUGUGGCCAAUCUGUACCUGCUGCUGCCCCCUACCAUGAAUCCCAUUGUUUACGGAGUAAAGACCAAGCAGAUCCGGGAAGGGGUGAUCAAGUUUUUAUUUGGAGAUAAGAUUGUCUUUACUUAA